AGCAAUUUCAUUGGUUGCUAUGGGCAACUGGGCAACUUUUCCUCUGCACUGGUUUUGAUAAAUAUCCCCCUAUAUGCAGAUUUUUAAACCAUGAAUCUUCAUCUCUCACUUACCUGGUGGACACAACAGGAUCCAUGUAUGAUGAUUUUAUAGAGCUGAAGAUUGUAAAUAGUUGGCUACUGGACCGUGUGACCGCCAGGUUCCCUUGUGGUGUUCGCCAGUAUACUAUGGUGGAGUAUAAUGAUCCAACUUUUGGACCUGUUAGAAUAACUGAAUCAAAGAAACAGUUUGCAGAUUUCUUCAACAGUCUGGUGGCCAAUGGAGGUGGAGACUGUCCAGAGCUGGCAAUGCAUGGACUGGAACUGGCAUUGGAAAACUCCCCACCCAAUUCUUUCAUCCUGGUACUAACAGAUGCAUCAGCUUUAGACUACCUGAAUACAACCCUGAUAAACCAUAUCUACUCACUAAUCGAUAUUACAAAAUCCCAGGUUUUCUUCCUUAUCACCGGCCUCUGUGGAAGAAUUUAUGAUGCAGAUUUCCUUAUCUAUCGAGAUAUCGCUGCUGCCAGUUUUGGACAUGUCUUUCAAGUUUCUCUUUCAGACCUCAAUAAGGUGUUUAACUAUUUGGACUUCACCCUUUCGAGACCUGUAAACAGCUCGGUGAAGCUCUUCUCUGGGGAGUAUACAGCUGGCUAUAAUUCUGGGAGUUUUGCUGUUGCAGACAAUUUUACAGCUAUAGUAAUAACCACAGAUGGAGUGAUCUAUUCCAUACAAGUAUUGGGGCCUAACUCUACUGAAUUUCAACUAAAACAGAUUGUUUCAGAACUUUGGGGCUCAAUGUAUCUGCUGAAAAGCCCCGGUCAUGGGAUAUGGACUAUAGUCAUAUAUGCAGGAGAUCGGUAUUCUUUACGAGUGGAAGGGUUCACAGCUUUGAAUAUUUCAGCUGCAAGAGGUUGCUCGGAAUGUCAUCCAAAUGCUACCUGUGAAGAGUCUUUUGACUAUGUGGAAUGCACCUGCAAGGAAGGAUUCAUUGGAGAUGGUUCCACCUGUUCUGAUAUAGAUGAAUGUGCCUACUCUUGGUCAAAUAAUUGCUCUUAUGGCAUUUGCCAUAAUACUUUUGGCUCCUACAUUUGUGACUGUCCAAGUGGUUAUACCAACUCAGCAGGCACCUGUGUUGACAUAAAUGAAUGUGCCAGCCCUGAACUAAACAGAUGCCAUUCAUCUGCAUCGUGUAUCAAUUACAAUGGCUUCUAUUCCUGUGUCUGCCCCUAUGGGUAUCUUGGUGAUGGUUUCCAUUGUGAAGUUAAUGAAUGCACAUAUGGAGUAUGUGGUCUGGGGACUGAGUGCAUAAAAUCACUUGGGUCUUACAGAUGUUCUGAUCCAUGUUCAAACUACACUGUUCUCAAUGAACCCUGGAGAAGUGCAUCCAAUAUGUAUGACUAUCGAUAUAAUUGUGACUCUGACAAAAAUGGAUGGUAUCGCUUUAUUGGCAGCGGGGGUGUUCGCAUGCCAGAAAGUUGCUCACCAGAAUCCGGUUGUGGUACACAUGCCUCAAUAUGGUUGAGUGGCACACAUCCAAUUCUAAGUGAUGGGAUUGUGACUCGUACAGUUUGUGCCAGCUGGAUUGGAUACUGCUGUUCAUGGUCAUCAACUGUCCAAAUAAAAGCCUGUCCUGGGGGAUAUCCUUUAUAUAAACUGAAUGGAACCCCAAAUAAUUAUUGCUCUUUGUCCUAUUGCACAGAUCCAUUCACAGGAAAUAAUUCAUUGACAUGUGCAGCAGAUGAAGAAUGGAAGCCGAAAGAUGGAAAUUAUGGAUGUUACUGCAUAGACCAAUAUGAAGUUGCUAAUGUUGCAGACAUACGUCCCGAACUGACCUGUGAUGUCUACGACAUGAAAGCUGCUUUUCGUAAAUGUCAGCUGAAGAGUCUGAACUUCAAUGCCGAUAGUGUUACUCUGAAAGACAGCGGCUGCUUUGGAUUUUAUGAUAAUCCGAGCACAAACACAUUUACUGUGAUGGCUUCCCUUCAAACAGGAAGAUGUGGACUUCAUAUAACUAACAAUGGAACACAUGCAAUUUAUGAAGAUACACUAACUUUGGUUAUGGAAUCUACUGGGUUAAUCGCAAGAGAAGAAGAGCUGGCUGUGACAAUGUCUUGUGCAUACCCACUGGACAUGAUGGUCAGUCUGAAUAUAGCUGUGAAUCCAAUAUAUAGCUCCAUAAAUAUCAGUGUUGGAGGGACCGGCCAAUUCACAGCAUACAUGGCUCUUUAUAAAGACAGCAGUUAUCUGACUCCAUAUGAAGGUACUGAAGUUGCCCUUCCAACUAAGUCUACGCUGUACGUUGGUGUGUUCGUUCAGGGAGGAGACCCUUCUCAGUAUGUUUUAGUAAUGAAGAACUGCUAUGCAACACCUACAGGAAACCCAAACGAUGCUGUGAAAUAUUACAUCAUAAAAGACAGCUGUCCCAAUAAGCAGGACUCAACCAUUAGCGUACUGGAAAAUGCCGUCUCAAGGAAAGGUCGUCUCUCCCUUCAAGUGUUUAAGUUUGUUGGCAAUUACAACUCUGUCUAUAUGCACUGUGCUGUGAGCCUGUGUGACCCCACUGCUGGAUUGUGCUCCCCUUCAUGUUCUGGCAUUGGGUCCCGAAGUGCAACAGUUGAGGCAAGCUACCAACUAAAAGUGGGUCCAAUUGUUCAUAGAGAUAUUUCAACUUCAGGCUGUAUUGGCACCCAUGCACCUUUUGCCCUCUUCAGCUUUGUUCUACUUUUGAUGUCUCAGGUUUUAUUAGUUUAGACCUUCAGUUUAACCAUUGAUUGAAAUUCUAAUAGUUUUGUAACUACUUCGAUAUUCUACAGCCCUGUGGUGUGAACUAUUUCUAUUGUUAUCUUGUUCUUGGAAAUGACUAUGCAGUAAAUUGUUGGAUUCUGAAUGGGUUUAUAAUUUGACAUUAUUUUUAAAAUGUGAAUAAAUUUUAGCUUAAGCAAUGAGCUUA